GCCGAGCGACGCGUUAUGACAUCACAAAGAAAAACAAUUCUUAAAACGCCAUGGAGGUGCGCGUUGUCUCUCCUAACCGCCAUCGCAUAGAUACAAAUCGCGUACGCUCGAACAAAAAUGAAACAAAAUCUUUUAAAACGUGUGGAUUUUAUGCAGUUUCCAGUCAAUCGUCAAAUAACUGCAGUGGAGAACGAUGGAUGAAGAAUGUAGUUCGGAAAAUUGCGAAAAUAAGCCGCUGCAGGGCUACAAGAAGCUGAUACAGAGCCAGGUCAGACGACUACGGAGAAGGGUCGUGCAGCAAACACGGCUAGCCCCGCUUUCACUCUCAACUGAAAGAGGUGUCAGAGAGCUGUUUGACGGAAAUCUAGCUCUCGAAGGACAAGAUAAUCAAAGUGUUUGGAAGCAGGAGAGAAAAGGAGACCCGAACACGUCAACAGUUUCUACAAAACAUGACAUCGGGAGGGAAGGUCAAAGAGAAGCAGCUGUCGAUCGGCAUGAUGAAGGGAUGAUAGUAGGAGACCCAGGAGAGAUGCACGUUGCCUACGGUGAACAUGCAUCACCAGGUUCUUCCGAAUUAACGCGUACCAUCGCUGAGAAGCAAACACCAAGCACCGAGAGAAGACUAGGUGUGGACAAGAGCAGAAAUGAAGAUCCAUCGCUGACAGGUCCGUUACCCCGCAGAGGACAAUUAGUGGCAGGUGCUGUGGAGGAACCCUCUUCAGAUGACGAGGCAUACCGAUUUUCAUGGAGCAGUGAUGAAGGAGUGAAAUUUCAAAAUUUCGACCAGCCAACGACUGGACAAGAGGACUCAACCGAUAUGGGUCGAUUCUCGACAAGAGAAGUACAGACAGAGGAUGAAUCGUCAAACAAGACCCAACGAGUUGGAGUUCCAGAUGAAAUACAUGGUUUGGAAAAUUCUGGGACGCGCAGUAAUGAGCAACAUGAUGUCAUGGUGGAGAUAGAGGAUCCUUUAACGACAGAUCUCAUUUUGGCUGAACAAGGGCAACUCUUCCAUGCCGGCGAGGCAAGAAUGCGCCAUAAACUUUGUAGGUCCGAUCGUCCAGAUUGGAACGACGGUGAUCCUGAUUGUGGCAAUGCAAUGAUAUCCACCACGCACCAAGUCAAGGUGGCAGUGUGUCAACGAACUGUCACUGAGAUUUCUACAAACACGGUGAUAGCAGUCAAUAGCAACCUGCUGCCAGCGAACAAAGAGUGUCCCUCUGUAGUGAACGCUAGCUUUUGCCUGUCUCAGAGCGCUAACCACAUGCUCUCGGACGAAGAUCAUCGAGUCGGAAAGAUCCGUGUUGUCGAUCGUAGAGACAAAAUUCGUCGUGUCAAAGUUGUCCAGUUUGCUGACGAGAUGGGCAAGCCACUCUGCAGUGAUUCUGGUGUCGUGCAUCAAGAAAGAUUGAAGGGCCAGGGGCCUUCAAAGAGUAUUCAUCAGGCGUCUGUGAAAAUAGAGCGGGCAUAUUUGGAUCAAACGAGCGAAGGGCUUGGGAAGAAUGAGAAAGUAAGAAGAGAAUCAUCUGACGAAGAGUCAAAGCUUGAUUCUUUGUCCACUGAGGUUAGAAUACCUUCAGUACAAACAAGGGAAGUACAUGUAGAUGAUGACAGCGUAAACAUGGAACUGAGGGAACGGAAAAGAUACAAAGCCGGCCAAACUUCACCCAAGCCUUCACUGGAAAUAAAAGACAGUAGAGGGAAAUCCGAAGACAGUACGUUACAGCCUGUGUCUGCUGUAUCACUGCCCUCGAAGCAAAAACCUUUGCCCAGCCAUGACAUCAAUGAUCACACUUCAUGGCAAAGUCAAAGUGUCUCGCCGCUUGGCUGCGAAGAGGUCGUCGAAAAUCGUGUAACAAAAGAUGAGACUCUUUUUGGUGCAGAUGCGCUGAUACAAGUGAAACCAACCCCGGUCGAAGGAAUGGACCUUGACGGGACGAGUUACAUCGAUAAAGACAUCGUGGAAGCCAGGAGAACGUUUCCGUCAAUCUCAACCCAAACCUCGGCCUUAAUGGUGAACUGCGACAGCGCCCCCAGAGCUGCUCCACUCGAGCUCCGUGAAACCGGGACAAGUGCACAAUCGAAAAGCAGGGGUUGCAUAUUCAUCUACCAAUUUAUACGAGUGUGUAUAAUCGUUCUAUUUAUUAUCGUCAUAGCACAGUUGAUGGCCCUGUGUUUGGCUGUGGGCUUCGUCACGGAAUGUGACAAGUACAACAUUAUAUUCUCACCCAUCUGGGGUUUUCCUUGGGUUCAGGUGGACAUGUCGUCAUUGGCCGUAGUCCUCAAACAGAAUCUCCAUUUGAUUAAUUUCAAACCGCCUCCAACGUAGGAUGUAAGAUGGUUAAAUCACAAGAAGUUAUAUACAUGUACAGAAAGCACCUAUAGUAAGGGGUUGGCCGAGUCCAACUCACUAGAAGAGUACCGUUCGUAUCGGGCUGGUUGCACUGUGUGAAAUCAAGAAAAAAAUCACGAAAUUUGGAUGUCGAGACGGUAUUGCUGAGUUGUGAUGAGUGUAGAGUUGAAUUAUUAUUUACAUCAAAAGAAAAAUGCAGACGUGAAUCAAAC